AUGGUCUCUUCCAGCCCUGCAAGUUUCGGAUUCUGUGCCCCUCUUUGUGCUGCUGCCUCCGACGCUGCAGCAGCAGCACCAACGCCACCAGUUACGAAUCCUAAGGGACUUGCCUCCUCAGACUCUGGGAACGCAGCAGCGAUCCCAGGGCGUGCAGCCACUCCUGCAGGGUGCAGCGAGCCAGCGAACAGCGGCGCCGAUACCCGCAGCGGCCCCCAGGAAGAUCUCCCGUCGGAAGCGUCAGCAGUCGCUCAGGGGCAACUUGCGCCAACAGGGGUGGCAGAGGCAGCACCGGCCACAGGGGCCCCUCUGCCUCCAUCCCCCGGAUCAGCCACUGCUGCAGACACCCCAGGAGUUGGCCUUCAGCUACUUGGAAAGGAGCCUCCUGGACGUUCGCCGGGGUCAGAGGCAGCUGGGGGGCCCUCCAAGGCGCCACUUCCGGGGGCCUGUGCUGGGACUGUUGCCUCAUCGACGGCAGUCCCUAAGGGCAAGGCCCCAGGGCUGCCUCCUGGCUACGCAAGGGCAGGGGCCCCCCCUGGUGCAGGCAAGGCACCGGGGCCCCCCCCUGGAGCAGGCAAGGCACCGGGGCCCCCUCCUGGAGCAGGCAAGGCACCGGGGCCCCCUCCUGGAGCAGGCAAGGCACCGGGGCCCCCCCCUGGAGCAGGCAAGGCACCAGGGCUUCCUCCAGGACGGGGCAAGGCCCCCCCCCCACCUGGGGGUAAGGGGCCUCCUCCCCGGGGGCCCCCUCCACCAGGGAAGAAAGGCGGGCCCUUGGCCAAGUCUCGCCUGGGUGCAAAAGCAACCGGUCCGGUGUAUGUCCUUCCUGAAGAGCAUCUGCCAAUUCCCCCAGAGGGCCUCACAGCAGUAACAAGGCUCCAAUGGACGCUGCUCAAAAGUGAACAGCUGACGGGGACCUUAUUUGAUGGUCUGCUGGAUCGAUACGACAGCAAAAACCUAGGUGCCUCUUCAGGAAGUGGCAAUUUUGAAGGCGUGCCUUUAACAAGAAGAUCUAUGAGUUUGGACAGCCCAACUUCAGCGGUUCCUUGCAGUGAGCCUCCCACCCCGGGUGGCCCUGGAGGCAGUGGACUUUCUGUAGGCUGCUUGUCUCCUCCGUGCAUAGACUCUCUCGGUCCUCACAGGCAGCCAACGAAUCCAGGCCUCAUGCGCCGUGCAACCUUCCAUUACAAUGUGGACUACGGGAGAGUUUUCUCCCUUUUCUACAAGGAGGUGGAGAGCCAGCAGGAAGGCGCGAAGAAGGCCCUUGAAGACGGGGGAGGCCCUGGGGGAUCCUCUGGAAAGACGAAGAAAGGCGUCCUGGAUGCAAAGUCCAGCCAAAAUGUGGAGAUCUGUUUGAAGAAAUACAAAAUGACGACAGAGGCGGACUUCAGGAAGCUCGCCAGUCAGUUUCAAGAUCCCGAGCAGUUAUCGAUUGAUACGACCCUGGUGCAGAACCUCGUGCAGUACUGGCCAGAGGCAGAUGCCGUGGAAGCUUUCAAAGCCAAGACUCAGGAAGAGGCCCUUCAGAUGCCUACCGCAGAUAAACUUUUCUUCUUCCUCAUCAAGGAUGUGCCUCUGUGCUGCGAUCGACUCAAGUUUUACCUCGAGCUCGGCAACUGUGUCAAUCGAGGAAAAAAAGAAGCUCUUGGAUUCAAGCUAAAGGACUUUGUGGCACAGCUCAGUGCCUGCACCAGCAAAGACCGGUCCACCAACCUCUUCAAGCUCUUAGUUGAGACCGUUUGCCAGCAGAACGAGGCUGUGUGCGAUGAGCUCAGGGCUCUGCAGAUAGUAGAUGCCGCUAAGGGAACGGACGUUGCUGAGUUGGUGAACUUGUCCUCCAUAGAGUCGCGUCUCAGUUUCUGGUCGAAAAUUAUUGCCCAAAAGAAGGAUCAGCUGGGGCCUGCAGCAGAUUCCAUGCAUCGAUGGGUGCAAGCCAGCGAAAGCCGAUUGCAUGCACUCAAGGAAAUGGUAGCGGAUAACGAGAAGCGUCAAGAGGAGUUUCGUGUUUUUUUGGGCCUUUCAAAGCACGACUGCGUCUGGCCAGAGCCUCUCCGCUGGUUUGGUCAUUUCUACUCUCAGUUUGAUCAAGUUGCUCGAGAUCUUCGGGAUGCGAAGGAGAAGGAGGCAGCAAGACGCGAAAGAGAAAUGAAGAAGCAGCAGCAGAUCUCCACGCCAACAACAGCAUCGCGUUCGCUUACGGGUCUCAAGCAGGUGCCUUCUAUGCGCUGGUCUUCAGAGGCGAACCUCUCAGCAUCAGCCACUUUCGGCGGGCAGGGCGUAACCCCCAAAGCGACGCAGUCCCCCACUCCGCCUCCCGACUGCUCGACAACGAAACGCUCCUUAGGAGUGCCUGCUGCAGCACCUGCGCCUGCAGACGACCCCAAGAAAGUCUCUUCAGGGGGCGCUACCUCUCCGGAGCCGCCUCAGGGGCCUCCUACGUCGCUCCCUAAGACUUCGAGCUCCCCGCAGCUAGAAAAGAAAGAGGCAUCCGCCGCAACGCAAGCAGCGCCGCGGGAUGAAGAAGUCGACGAGGAUGCUUCGCGUGAUUCAAACGAACCGCGACAGCCACAACAACAGCAAGCAGCCACAAUGGCGUGGCUUCUCGCGCGCACUCCUGGUCGGCGGCCUUCCGGGGCUGUGUCGCUGCAGCAGCAGCAGCGCCUGAAUGCGGCGGCAGGUGCCACUGCUGCUGCAGAUUCCGCGAAUGCAGCGGCAGGGGCAGCUGGAUCCACGGGAAGCAGGCAAGGGGAUGCUUCUUUGCUAGCAGCCCCCCCACCUCGGCCAGCCGAGUCGGAAGAAUCGGGGGAUGCUUCUCCAAGGGGAAGCCCGGGAGUUGAGGGGAGGGCUCGACAUCCGCUUUUCUUCGCGCCUGGCUCCUUCAGCAGCGGGAGCAGCGACGACUUCUCAAUGGAAACGCUGCGCCACAGACUAAGCCAGCAGGAAUUAGUGGAAAUCAGUGCAGGAGCAACUGCAGCAGGGAAGGCGACAGAAGAAGGCGCGACGGAGGAUAAGAAGGUGCCUGUGCAGCCUUCUUGCGCGAGAGGCACCGGCGUGCCUAUUAGAGCAGCAGAAGCAGCAGCAGGUGACGCCAUAGGGUGUCGUCCAGAGCGCCCCACUCUUCGGCGGUCCGAAGCCUUGCCUCUCAUUUGCAGUGGUGGUAGCGAAGCCGAGAGCUCCUCGGGAGAAGGCGAUCCCCGCAGCUGCUCCCGUGGCCAGUCUGCGGCCUUCGUUGCUGUUGGCACUGGAGCAGCGCCAGGAGCAGCAGCACCAGGGAAGCCUGAGGAGGGCGGCUCUCCUGUAGCCCUCAGUAGGGGUGGAAACUCUCGAGAACGUGGGCUUGGGGUGGCGGACUGCCGCUCACCAGACGCUGGACGGAGCCUUGCUGCAGUGGAAAGUGCAUCUUCUUCAACAGCAAGAGGAGCAGAAGGAGCAGACUGUGGGAGCGCCACGCGGGGGCCUCCUGCUCCCCCUCGCGGUGCCCUUCGUGGCGGCGGCCCCCAUGGGAAAGCUGUGGUGAAGCUGCGGGGUCGCGUGACGGGUGGCAGAGAAGACAGUAGUGAGCGAGAGCCAACGAAUCCUUACAUAGCAGAUAACAGCUGGCUGCACGGGGGAAGCUCCCACCUAGGGGGGCCUCGCACGGAGAGGGGGGGGGGGCCUCAGGGGGCUGUCUCCCCCAGACGGUUGCUGCAACGGAAAGGUAGAACCGCUGCGAGCCCCCAAAAUGACCUUCUGUUCGCUAGGGUUGUGGCGCAGCGGAGCCAGCAACAACAGCAACAGAGAGAGCAGCAGUAUAAGCAGCAGCAGCAGAUCGCGCCACAUCCUGUCCAGAAGUAG